GACUGGGAAUUGCCGUCCGAGGAAGCCGGUCGAAAACGAAAAACUGAGCCCGUAGUGUUGCCAGAAGAUGUUGUUGCGUUCACUGAAAAGACAGCAGCAGUAAAAAAGAAAGCAAAAGAUAGCCCGAUUGAAUUUAAGAAGCGAAAAACUAUGAUGAAAAUACGACAGCGUACUGGUGAUGAUUGA